AUGGAGUUCCUCGCCACCCUCAUCAACCGGGGUGUUUCCCACAUCGACGCCGCCACUAUCGACGCCAACGGCUCGGCGGGACACGGAGCACAUGGAUCUGGAGGACCGGCGGUCGGACCCAAGUACAGCCCAGACGGCUACUGCGGUCGCCGCCUCGCCGGGCUCGAAACAGGGCCGAUCCCCAAUCGAGGCCCCGAGACUUCCGCAGGGCUUUGGAUCCUUGUCUCCUUCUCGACUGCCUUCCUUGCUGCGAGGCUGUAUCUCAAGAUGUAUCGGCUGAAGGGGUUGUGGUGGGAUGAUUACAUUCUUGUUCUUGCUUGGCUCACACACACCCUCUCCGCCACCCUCGCCCAAGUCUCCAUCUCCCUCUUCGGCCUCGGCCACUACCCCUGCGACAUCCCCUCCCCCGCCACCUCCAUCCCGCUUCUGACGCUCGUCGGCGACCACUUCGGCGCCAUGUUCUCCAUGUUCGCCGUCGCGCUCUCCAAGACCUCCUGGGCCGUCACUUUACUCCGGCUUUUCCAGCGGGGCAGCAGCACCCCGUCGCGGAAUCAACGACAAUACGCAGUCUGGAUAGUCUGGUUCGUAAUCAUAACCAUCUGCCUCGUCAAGGGCGCACAGGGGGUAUUAGUUUGGAUACCCAAAUGCGGGUCGCCAGCUGCGUUAGGAAAAGAUGUAUGUGUGAUGAUCAAACCGCUGAACGGGUUCGCGACGUUUGCGGGGAGCAUGAGUGGGACGUAUGAUAUUUUGCUGGCGGUGGUGCCGUGGAAGACGAUUUGGGGCACUGGCUUGGGCAAGAGAGAGAAGUUGGGCGUGGCGACGACGAUGAGCGUGGGCGCGGUGAGUGGGGGGGCGGCGUUUGUGUUGGCGGUGAAGAUGAGGGGGAUUACGAGUGAGAAUUUUACUUGCGAGAUCAUAGUGUGGUCUACCGCCGAGACGAGCACGACCAUCAUGGCCGCUUGCAUUCCCGUCCACCGCGCCUUCUGCCGUCAACUUCGCAAGAAGCUGCUGGCGCAGUACCGCUUGCAUAGCAGCAAACAACACUCGACGCCGUCGACGGGGAAGAAUGGUGUCGGGGGUAGUACGACGUUGACCGGCGGCAGUACCACGUUGACCAGUGGGAACUUUCGUUCGGUUCUCGAUAAGCUUUCUCAGCGUCGUCGCAAGGGAAGCGAUGGGGAGGAUGAGCCGGGCUGCUUGUCGUUGCCUUCAGCUGGAGUGUGUCAUGCCCCCACUGAUGAUAAUGUGAGCGAUAGGGCCAUUUUGCCUGUUCAUGAUAGAAGUGGAAGUGAGGUGGCUACUUCAAGGAAUAGCGGAAAGAUUUUGAUGACGCAGGAGGUCAAGGUUGAGUAUCACCAUCAUGAUGAUACUUUGAACGGAAGGGAUGUCUUGGAUGAGAGGGAGCAGACGCAGCAGCAUUUGUAUGAGUUGAAGGAUAUGGGAAGGCGGGGAGAUACGUGA